AUGCAUCACCACAGUGCUUCUUUAGAUAAUCUUCUCUUAGAAGAGCAACCAGCUUGGCUCGAUGAGCUCCUAAGCGAGCCAGCGUCACCUAAGAUGAACAAGGGCCAUCAUAGGCGUUCAGCUAGUGACACAUCUGCUUACUUAGACUCAGCUUUCAUGCCUUUUCAAGAGGAAGACCCUAUGAAGAGUCAUUUUGCUGGUCCUUCUUGGCUAGACCAUAGCAUUAAUAAUCGUCAUGAUGAUAUGUGGCAGCGUAACCCUUAUGAAAAACCUGGAAAGUUUGGAUGGGAAAUGGCUAACGCAAAUGGGACUAAUCUCCAUACCCAUGUGUCAUGGGGAGCUGUAAAUAGAGUAGGUAACGCAGCGUCGAAACCAGCUGAAAAGCAGGUAAACAAAAUGAAAGAAGGAGUUCCCACAAAGCCUGAUGCUCCUGGAUCAAAGACUGACUCUAAACGUAUCAAACAUCAAAAUGCUCAUCGUGCACGUCUGAGGAGGCUUGAGUACAUAUCAGAUCUCGAAAGAACAAUCCAAGUGCUACAAGUUGAAGGCUGUGAAAUGUCAUCUGCCAUUCACUACUUGGAUCAACAACUAAUCAUGCUUAGCAUGGAAAAUAGAGCUCUAAAACAACGUAUGGAUAGUUUAGCAGAAAUCCAAAAGCUUAAACACGUUGAGCAACAAUUCCUAGAGAGAGAGAUAGGAAACCUAAAGUUUCGACGACAGCAACAACAACAACAACCACAACAGAACCAGAAACAAAUGCCACAAACGCAGCAGAACCGACACAACAAAUACCGACCAAAUGCAACACAAGAAGCUGAAUCUCAGUUUGCAGCCUUGGCAAUAUGA